GGCCACCGCUUUGAUCGCCUUUUUUUUUGCAACUCAGCUGAUAUGGGCAAAGAAGUGACAGAAGGGUGGGUGCAAGCUCAGGGUCCCUUGCAGCGAUGGCUGGACCAUCUGGUGAACAGCCAGCUUCUUUGGAGCGCUCCCUUACUGACGGUUCUUUUUGCAACGGUCGUACGCUGCAUUAUCGCGUUGAAUCCUUAUUCCGGAUAUGCGACGCCACCCAUGUUUGGUGAUUAUGAAGCGCAACGACACUGGAUGGAGAUCACACAGCAUUUGCCGACGUGGCAGUGGUACCGUUACGAACUGAACUGGUGGGGUCUGGACUAUCCUCCGCUGACAGCGUUCCACAGCUGGUUAUGUGGUAUCAUCGGGUCGAAAAUCGAUGCGUCCAUGUUUGCAUUGGAUACAUCGCGCGGAUUAGAGUCCAUGUCGAGUAAAAUGUUUAUGCGGUGCACUGUCUUGGUUUCGGAAGCCAUUAUUUAUAUUCCAGCCGUUCUUACCUAUUGCCUGAUUGUGCAUGGAUCGCAAGGAUUCCGAAAAAAGCAUAUUGCAGCUGUCUUGAUCCUGAUGCAGCCGGGCCUCUUGAUGAUCGACCACGGUCACUUUCAAUUUAACAGUGUGAUGCUUGGUUUGACGUUGUGGGCUGUCAAUGCGUUUUUAACCGGUCAUUGGGUGGUGGGAUCCAUUUUUUUUUGUCUUUCGUUGCUGUUCAAGCAAAUGGCGUUGUAUUAUGCCCCAGCGGUGUUUGGUUAUCUAUUGGGUCAGUGUCUGAGCGACCCAAACGGAUGGAUCCUUUUUGUCAAGCUUGGAGUUACCGUGAUCCUGACCUUUGCGUGCCUGUUCUCGCCCUGGCUGUCUUCGUUGGAGGAUUUGCAGCAAGUAAUUCAUCGGAUUUUCCCGGUGGCACGAGGAUUAUAUGAGGACAAGGUGGCCAACGUGUGGUGCACGCUAAACAUCUUCAUCAAACUUCGGCACAUGCUGAGUUUAACCGCCACGGUUCGGCUAAGUCUUGUUGUUACUUUGAUGGCCGUUAUACCAAUUACCAUCCACACUAUGCGAUCGCGAUCACCGCAGCGGUUUCUUUACGCCCUGGUGAAUUCAUCCUUGGCCUUCUUUUUGUUCUCGUUCCAAGUGCAUGAAAAAUCUAUCCUUUUGCCAGCACUGCCCGUGACCCUGUUGGUCCUUGAAGAGCCUUUGGCCACGCAUGCAUUCAUCAAUACCGCCAUGUUCAGCAUGUACCCUUUAUUGAAGCGGGAAGAUCUGGUGCUUCCUUAUUUCGUCACAUUGAUUCUCUGGAACUGGCUUAUGGGAGAUGUACGUCAUGAAAGCGGCUCUUUGGCUCGUCAUGCCAUUUCUGGUAUGCAUAUGGUCUUUGUUGCUUGGUAUGUCGCGGAUGGUUUUAUUGCCGCUCCGGCUCGAUAUCCAGAUCUUUAUGCUGUGAUCAAUGCGGCUCUGAGCUGCGGUAUUUUUGGCCUUCUAUUCCUGUAUUAUAUGUACAGAUCAUUCAACCUGGAGUCACAAAAAUUAAAAGUUCAAUGACGAAUCAUGGAGAAGCAUAGUAAAAAAGAAAAUUAGACAAUGCAAGAAGCAUACAAUAGCCAGCUGAAGUAUUUUUCGUGAAAUUGACCGCUUGAAAAAUAUGGUCAGUGGAUGCCAACACAACCACUCACAGAUGAAAGCGCAAUAAACCCACAUGUGCCUUCAUGGCACGGUUAGAUAU